AGCGACGGUGAUUGCCAGGGUGAAAGUUCAGCGCGCCGGCGGCACUUCCAACAUGGCGGCGUCCGGAGCGGCGGUGGCGCGCUGCCCGCGAGUCGGAGCGGGUCCUGCGCCGGGAGCCCGACGUUCGCCCCCGCCGCGGGCCGCAGGGCUGCCGCGGCUGCUAGUACUGCUGGCGGCUGCAACGGCAGGGCCGGGCACGGGCGGUGCGGCGCGGUUGUAUCGCGCGGGCGAGGACGCCGUGUGGGUGCUGGACAGCGGCAGCGUGCGCGGGGCCACCGCCAACAGCUCGGCCGCGUGGCUCGUGCAGUUCUACUCGUCGUGGUGUGGCCACUGCGUCGGCUACGCGCCCACCUGGCGGGCCCUGGCCGGGGACGUGCGAGACUGGGCUAGCGCCAUCCGCGUCGCCGCUCUUGACUGCAUGGAAGACAAGAACCAGGCCGUGUGCCAUGACUACGACAUCCACUUCUACCCCACCUUCCGGUAUUUUAAAGCAUUUACAAAGGAGUUUACAACGGGAGAAACUUUUAAAGGACCUGACCGCGAGCUUCGAACAGUCAGACAGACCAUGAUUGACUUCCUGCAGAACCACACGGAGGGGAGCUGGCCCCCCGCCUGCCCGCCCCUGAACCCCAUCCAGCCCAGUGAUGUUCUUUCUCUCAUUGACCACCGUGGCAGCCAUUACGUGGCUAUUGUCUUUGAAAGCAACAGUUCCUACCUUGGACGAGAGGUGAUCCUAGACCUGAUCCCAUAUGAAAACAUCGUGGUCACUCGAGCGCUGGACGGGGACAAAGCGUUUCUGGAGAAACUCGGGGUUUCUUCAGUUCCCUCGUGUUUCCUGAUCCACCCAAAUGGGUCAUGUGGAUUGAUUAACGUCGCGAAGCCUUUUCGGGCCUUCUUUUCCUCUUAUUUGAAGUCAUUGCCGGAUGUGAGGAAAAAACCACUUUCCUUGCCUGAAAAGCCAAACAAAGAAGAAAAUUCAGAAGUCGUGGUUUGGAGGGAAUUUGACAAGUCGAAGCUGUACACAGCGGACCUGGAGUCGGGUCUGCACUACCUCCUGCGGGUAGAGCUGGCGGCCCACAGGUCCUUGGCCGGAGCGGAGCUGAAGACGCUCAAGGACUUUGUGACUGUUGUGGCAAAGCUGUUCCCCGGACGGCCACCAGUCAGGAAGCUAUUGGAGACGCUGCAGGAGUGGCUGGCCAGCCUUCCCCUGGACAGGAUCCCCUACAACGCCGUGCUGGACCUGGUCAACAACAAGAUGCGGAUUUCUGGAAUAUUCCUUACUAAUCACAUAAAGUGGGUUGGAUGUCAAGGAAGCCGACCUCAGUUGAGGGGUUACCCAUGUUCUCUCUGGAAACUGUUCCACACUUUGACUGUUCAAGCCUCGGCCCACCCAGACACACUGGUUGGCACAGGCUUUGAAGAUGACCCCCAGGCUGUGCUGCAGACGGUGAGGAGGUACAUUCGCACCUUCUUUGGGUGUAAGGAGUGUGGUGAGCACUUUGAGGAAAUGGCUAAAGAAUCCAUGGAUUCAGUGAAAACCCCAGACCAAGCCAUCCUCUGGCUUUGGAGGAAGCAUAAUGUGGUGAAUGGCCGCCUGGCAGGCCAUCCGAGUGAGGAUCCGAGAUUUCCAAAGCUUCAGUGGCCCACUCCAGACCUCUGCCCAGCCUGCCAUGAGGAAAUGAAGGGCCUGGACAGCUGGGAUGAAGGCCACGUGCUCACAUUCUUGAAGCAGCACUAUAGCCGUGACAACCUCUUAGACACUUAUUCCGCAGACCAGGGGGAUUCUGGUGAAGGAGGACCCCUGGCCAGAGGUGAAGAAGAGGAAAAACGACUCAUUCCCCCAGAUAAGUCUCAUGGAGACCAAGACGCCCAGAGCGUUCGUCCACCCAGUGUACUGGGCCCCAGGCCCGCCCUUCCGGAGAGCUUGCGCCACAGGCUGGACGUGAGACUGCAGAGUCUGGAUGGGCCCAAGGUCCACAAGCAGGUGGAGGUGGCCGUGCCCUUCCUUGGGGUCGGCUUCUCCAGCCUGGACAUGAGUCUCUGUGUGGUGCUGUAUGUGGCUUCGUCCCUGUUCCUCAUGGUGAUGUACUUCUUCUUCCGGGUGAGGUCCAGGCGGUGGAAGGUCAAAUACCACCACCCGGCUGUGUGAGUGCCCUUGGAGAGGCGGCCCCGCCCCGUGCCACCUGCAGCUUUUAAUACUGGAUCAGGGAUUUUACACGCGGGCCUGGUUUCACAUCCGAUGACACCUUUUGGCUUCUGAGUCCUCGUUUUACAAACACUCUUCUGACAAGGGAAGAGGUGGGGUAAUUGUGUGGGGGUGUUCGAAUUCCCGGCGUACUCAAGUCUGUUCAUACGCCCUUCACAGGUUCUACGGCAAAAAGACUUCUAUGUUUCCUCUAAAAGAGGGUGAGGAGUCCAGGCCAAAUAAUGUUCCCCACACACUUUAAUCUCAAGUUUCCUGGACUCCAUCUCAUCCUGCAAGACCUUGUUUUCCCCACCCCUCCAGGCUGCCCAGUGUUCUCCUUCAGCCAGGCGGGGGCAGAGCAGAGCCGGAAGUGCAGGCGGCCUCUGUGCCCCUCCAAGCAAGUGUGGCUCCAGUGACAUCCAGUGUGCUUUCCACGGCUUCCCUAGGGAAGGGUUCCUGAGGGCUUUCUGCGCUCCUGCAGGUGUUUUCACUGUAGUUGUGGGGAUUUGAACAGGGGAGGAGCCGAGGAAUUUCGUGGCUGUGCUGCAUUUCAGAAGAUAACCCCCAGAGGCCUUGUGCCGUGGACUUGGGGAUGGGAAGGAUGGUGGCUUAUUUAACUCUCAGAGGCAGCACCUAUGUUUGUUUAUCUGGUGACAAGAGAGAGACAUGUAAAUGGGGGCCAUUUGGUCACCUGGUCCCCAGAGGGCAGCUCUGGGUUCAGCGGGCAGGUGGUGCUCAGAGCAGAGGGCCCAACGGGUGGGGAGGAGAGUGGUCUGCCCUUGGGAGCACAGGCCCCAGGGAGACUUCUAAAGCCCCCUCUGUGGUCUGCUCUUCACCCAACACCACAGAGGCCUGCAGGUCCCAGCCACACACGUGUACCUCGCCCUGGGCCCAUGGAGGGGGUAGGGUGGCAGGCGCUGCAGGUCCCAGCCACACAUGCACCUCGCUCUAGGCCCAUGGAGGGGCAGGGGUGGCAGGCGCCUGUGCCAGGUUUCCUUUGCCUGAAGCUGCUUUGGGAAGGAUCUCCACACAGGCACUGGUUUCCCAAGCUUUGGUCAUGAUUUCUUUUACCAUUUAAUAAUUUUAAACAUUGUUUUAAACCCAAAACGUUUAGUGGUCACUUACCUCUGAAGAUUUAAACAAAAAAAAUACACUAUUUUGGGGAACAUUUAUAUUGAGCUUCUUUGUGGCUGUUGGUGUGUCUCACAGGCUCAAUUUGAUUUGGCUGAAGUAGGCUCAGAUGUGUGUGUGUGACCAUCUGUGUGUUGCGCAUCUCUGACAGUUGUAAAUAUUUCUUCUGCUUUGCCUCCUUGGUGUUGUGUACUCAUGUGUUUACUAACUGUGGCGGAUCACAUGGUGUAUUCGUAAGACCACCGUAAUACUGAUGUUAUUGUUGCAGCUUGAGGAACACGGUCAGCAGCUGAUUCCUUAAACAGCUGUCACAGGACGGCUGUGCUAAGGAUGCCACCCAGAGCCCCGUAGCUGGUGGGAGAGGUGUCUGAUGCCUUGGCCCCUGGCUUCACGGCUCACGUGAGCAUUUCUUCUGGUUUCGCACUUUUAACCCGUCUGUGCUUGGACAGCCAUGACGUUGCCUUCAUUGCUGGUUAGAGGCCUGGGUUAUUGAAGACACCAAAGUGUUUCUCUUUCAGCUUGAAAACCAGGUGGGUCUACUCAUGAGUUUCAGUGUAUUUGCCUUUGAACCCUUAACUAACCUGACUUUUGGCUAGUGUUGAAUGUCUUUAGCUGGGGUGACCUGGGACAGCGUUAGGGUUACCGUCUCCAGCUUCAGCCUUUCCAGAAACCCACGUGGAGCACAGUGUGGCUGCAGAUUCAUCAUCCUAUUGCUGUCUGGGAUCACCACUGUUUGGGGGACAAGCUUGCGACCUGCUGAGGGGCAGGGUUUUCAGCAGUGUCAGUGGUGGGGAUCUGAGCCGCUGUGGAGGUGGCCCCAGGGGUCACAUGUCCAUGCUCUAACACACCUCGUGUGACCACUCAGAGCUGGAUGCCACCUUUAGGCAAGGUUUAGAGUCUAUUUUCUCAAGUUUUAAGUAUUUUAAGAGGUAUUGAGACUAAUGAAUAUGAUAGUUCAGUAAUUUAAAUGUUUAUUUAUUUUUAACGGAAGGAUUUUUAUUAAAAAUAAGCUAAUUGACAUGGAAAUGUCAGUGAAAUUUCUUACCUGCAAGGAAAGUGAACAUUUUGUAUUUAAGUAAACUAUAAUGUGCACAUUUUAUGAAUAAAGGAAUCCGACAUUUGAAAA